AUGGCGUUCCCGACACCACCGCCACCUGUGCCUGCUACUGCGUACUUGGCACCAUCGCCACCUGUGCCUGCUACUGCAUACUCGGCACCCGCACCAGCAGUACCAGUUGCUCUGUAUCUGGUACCUCCAGUCGCUCCUGCUUAUAUAGACCCUCCAGUGCCACCAGCGGUACCUGCCCCGACUUAUGCAACAACACCAGGGGUACCCUCCCCGGCCUAUCCAGCACUACCACUUGUAGUACCAGCUCCAGUGGUUCCGUCAGUUCCUAUGAAUAACCAUAUAGUGACAGAAGACAAUGCUGAAUUUAAUCGGUUAGCUAGAUUUUGUCCAGAGUUAGUUACUGAGGACAGGUCACGUAUGCUUCAAUUUGUUCAGAGACUGGAUGGACAUCUUCAAGUAAAGAUUGCAAGUUUUGGUAAUUCAUCUUAUAUAGAGGCAUUGGAUAGAGCCCUUAUGAUUGAAGCGGCUCAGCAGACAGAGAAUGCGAACAAGAAAAGGAAGCAGACAGAUCAGACUUCAGGAUAG